AUGAAUGCUUCAUCAUGUCCUACGACAUCUGAUGAAUGUCCCACUCGCCAGCCUGACGAGCGCCGGCACACGAACGCUUCUCUAACGACCCUACCAACGGAGCUCAUCAUCCUUAUUACAGAAGCUCUUGUCUAUGGAGAAAGUUGGGAAUACUACGAACUAGAGGAAGAUCAUUAUUCUUACAAGUACUCAUCUCUCGACGACUUACCGAAGCCCUUCCCUUGUGUCAGGGCUGCCACACGCCUCGGGUCGACAUGCAGGCGUCUGCGUUACAUUACAGACCCCGUCAUCAUGGGUAAUGACAUCAAACACUGCUACUCAUCUUCCCUUCUUCUUUCGGCAAAACGCGGUUCUGUGAGGGGUGUGGCCAAGGCCUUGGCCUACGGCGCUGACAUCAACACCCUCGACCGUACAAUUUUCGACUCAGAGUUCAUGGAUGGUAGCGGCUACGAAACACCACAUAUCGAGAGAAUACCGACGAAAUCAACCCUGACUGCGCUGCACUGGGCGGCGUUCUUCGGCCAUGCAGAUGUGGUGGCGUUUCUUCUAGGCAAAGGCGCUGAUGUAAAUGCUAGAGCCAAUAUGGGCAUGCAGUGGUCGACAUAUUGGUCAAAUCCAGACGAGUUCCCCGACCCUCUUAAUCACGGGCAUCCCCAGCGAGUGAUGCUUUCUCCAACGCAAGACGAUUUCGCAUCUGAGUGGAGUCGAAGUCACAGUCACGAUGACGCCAGAUAUUGGAUUGGGGCAAGUCCUCUCUUCCUUGCUCUCAGGGCUGUUCAAGAUACAAAAAUAGAAAGUUCCUGGCGUACUUGGGACGAUUGGGGUGUAGAGCCCAUCAUCGAAACUGACAACAGCGGGUGCCGGUUGCGCAUCGCCCGCAUGCUCAUCGACGCCAAGGCAUCUCUGACCACUCGGCUGAGGAGCUCCAUCCACGCGAUUCAUCAAGCCUGCGCAUACCGGGACUAUGAAGUCGUUCGAUUUCUUGUUUGCGACUUGAGUGUGAAUGUUUCAACAACUGAUCGAGACGGAAACUCGGCUCUGCAUUAUAUGGCGAUGCAUUUGAUCUAUAAGCCCUCAUCGUCCACGGUUGACUUAAUGAUACCACAUCCGAUAGAACGACAGAAGCUCAUCUUACGCCUGUUACUCGACAAUGGGCUAGACUUUGAUUUGAAAAACAAUCGAGGAUAUACGGCCAAAGAUAUGGGGCUGGAUGUUGAGGACGAUGGCGGCGGGUUGGCAGAGGGACGUGAACCUCGCUAUUCUUGUCGACGUAAGAGGGGCCGGAGGGCUACAAGACUGUCGCAAACGACUGGUAGGGAGCUUGCUAGGUAA